AUGGGAACCCUGAGUGUACGUGUUCAUAACCUUCCGGCACUUUAUAAAGAGUCUGUGAUAAAAAGGAAUGAUAUAAACGUGACCGUCCAUUUAGCUAGCCCGCGUAUCCAGAAAAUAUGCAAAAGCCGAGAUAACAUUUGCAAAUCACAUAAUACGAACGUAUGCACAAUGCGAAUCCUGAACGAAACCGUCGAGUACAAGGAUUUUGAGAACGAAUGCUAUUUAUUUCUAAGCAACAUGUGCGAUCAACCUGGUGAAGAGUAUUACAUAUUUACCGAUGACACGUGUCAAAAUUAUCACAAAGCAAAUAUUACAACCGAAAUUAAAUACGAACAUUCUAAUAAAAAUGCAAACGAAUACGACGAUAGAAAAGAAAUAAGUGAUAAAAGUAUAAAAACGAAUGCGGAAAAUGAACAGCGUGACAAGAUUGAACAACACAAUGACGGAAGGGACAGACACAGUGGAAUUAGUGAUGGUCACAUGAAAGAGAUGAAAGAAAGUAAUAACGAAGCUAAAGAAAGACCGACAAACACUCGGGAAAAUCAGAAAAAUACAAAAGUAAACAAGGAAAAUAAAAAAGGAAGACAGGAAGAUACACAAGAAAGCCAGAAAAAUACACGAGUAGAGCUGGAAGAUGCAAAAGAAAAGCAAAAACCCCAAGGAGAAAACCAAAAUGAUACAAAAGAAAGGCCGAAAAACAUAAAGCAAAGACCGGAAGACUUACACGAUGUGCAGGAAUACUUAACAAAACUGUUUAAAGCCACUAAUGGGCGUGAAAAAGAUGCAAAACUCAGCCAGGAAAACACAGAAAUACUCCAAAAUAAUGGAAAAGAGAUCCAGCAUACACCUGUGGAAAUUAGAGCACCAAAGAAGACAGGAGCAUAUGAUGAUAACAUUUCAUAUGGAACACAAAAACAUUCAGAGUCCAUUGAACCAACGCAGCCUCCUCAUUGGAAUUCUGCUUUGAAAUUUAUAGGUAGUGACAAAAUAUAUGUGAAGCCAAUAAAUUCAAAGGAUCAAGAAGUGUCCGACAGAACGAGUUUAUUGACGAAGAUAAAAAACAAAGAUGAUCUAGUUAGACAUAAAGGCGACAUUACAACAAUCGUCCAUUUUAGGACUAAAAAUAACACAAAUUCUGAGUUUCGGCGAAGGAAAAUGAACAAAGAUGAUCCUAAAUCCUACGAAAAGAGUAAAGCAAAUUCAAAUGCAACAAAUAAAGAUAGUUUAAACGAAAAGAGCGAAGAAAAUCCAAAAGAAAAGAGCAAAGAAAAUUCAAACGAAAAGAGUAAAGAAAAUUCAAAUGAAAAAAACAAAGAAAAUUCAAAUGAAAAGAACAAUGAAAAUUCAAGUAAGAAGAGUAAAGAGAAUUCAAGUGAAAAGAGCAAAGAAAAUUCAGAUGAAAAGUCAAGUAAAAACGGCAAAGAUAAUUCAAAUGCAACAAGAAGUGAAUCAGGCACAAGGGAAGAAAAAACCAUUUUACGUGCCGGCAAAGAAAAGUCCAAAAAGGACGAUAAGAAGAAAACCGACAAAAAGAGGAAAGAUGACAAAACGAAAAAGGACGAGAAAAAUAAAAUAGACGACAAAAAGAAAAAGGACGACGAAAAGAAAAAGCAAGACGCAAAGAAAAAGGAAGACGAAAACAAAAAGUUAAAACAAAACAAAAAGGAUGAUAAAAAGAAAGGAAAGAAUGAUAAGACAGAGAAGGAUAAAAAAGAUACAAAAACGAAGACUGUUGAAAAGACAGGAAGAACUAACCAUGAAAUGACAAAAAGAGAAGGGGAUGACAAAAAACCGCCUUCAAAUGACGGAUUCAAACCCAUUUAUGAUAUAGAAGAGACAUUUGACGGUCGCAUAUGUCCCCUAGACUGCCCAAAAGCGUAUAACCCAGUAUGCAUAACAGCAAAUCGGGGCUAUGGACUGUACUUAAAAUACUUGACAUUUGUAAACCAAUGCACUGCAUAUCAAUAUUACUGCAAAAACUGGAGAAUAUUCGGUCCACCACCAAAGUCAGUAGCCGAAGAAGAAGAAGAGAAUGUGGAUGCAUCACCUCUUAGCUGGUCAUUCUGUGGAUCAUCAAGGUACUUGUCGUUCGCGCGGUUCGCCGAAGUGGCAUCCUCUAUGGGGUACUACGGAUGGUUGGCAGGAGACUACAAAGCCACACAUAUCAUGGAACCACGUGAGAGAAUACCAGGUUAUGGAAGGAAGAAAUAAAUAGAAGCUUAAAUGGUUAAUUUAUAACUUUGAAAUGUUUUAUGCGGUGUAUGUUCGGCAGUUGUCUGCAGAAGUGGGCGUUUAAACGAAAAGCACUUAUAAAAGUUUGCUUUUUAAAAUAAGCACAUAAGAAAGCUUUUUAUUUUAAGCGUAAGCGUUGGUCAAUUCUAUA